CUCAAGAUGACAGCGAGUAUUUGGACAAGGACUUUGAGAAGAAAGCCCGUUUUUACAGGCGCACGGUCAUCGAAACCAAGGGUUUUUUUUGUGUCAACUAACAAGUUCCCACCUUUCCUCUGGGCUGGAAUUGCUACAGUCCCGGGUAUGGACGAUAAACUUGAAGAAGGUUUGACCGUUCGCCAGUUUCUAGCAAACAUGACAUGUCUAUGUGUUGAUAAAUAUAACAAAGGAAAGGGAUUUAAUGUGAAGUUCGAGCAAGUCUUGAGAGCCAAUUUCAACCCAGGGGGCCCUGAUGCACCUCUAUUGGAGUAUCAAGCUAAAGUUGUAUGGUCAGCUGGCAAGAUUUAUCCCAUCCUUUGCAGACCAACUCCACCUUCAAAUAUAUAUGGUGUUCUAGUCGAGGAGGUCAAUUGAAAGAGGCAUCCAAGCUGAUGGAAGAGAGCAAUUGAAGCAUUUAAUCUCCUACAAAAUAUUGUCAAUUAAAUCCAAUAGUACUAUAAUAUAAAAGAUAAUUUGUUUCCAAAAA